UAAACACAAUACACACACUAACGUCUACAGGUUCAUGUGGCAGUGUUCCGGUUGAACGACGGAUGGUACGUGUGUGUAUUUAUAGACACAUAGAACUGACGUACGGUGCGUGAAUGUGUGUAUCUGACUACUCAAACAUAACAACGAUACCUUUUCCGGUUUACCGGAAACCACAAGUUCGAAAUGAAAGCAGGUGACAGGAAUAGGACGUUCCUUAUCAUGGGACCGCGCAGGUAAGGACCCACGAUCCUGACAAUCACUAGGAGAUGGAUGCAACGUAGCUUUAUUCCACUAUUGGAUCUGUUAGAGAAGUGCCCUCUGUCGAGAUGGAUGAAGAAACGAUUGAUUGGGUUUUGUCCGACGAUUCCAUUGAUACUGUAUCCGGUGUUCCAUUGUCCUCUGUGGUCUUUAUGUUGUACUAUGGCUUCGAGCUCAAAUAUUUCUUCCUAGAAAUAUCUGAUAUGUUGAUGACGCGCUACCCAUUGGAACUCUAUGAUGUCGGAAGGUCCAGUGUUUACCUUGGCGGGAGUUGUGGCCAUGGCUUUUUCCUGAAUUCUAUUCGUCUUUCCGAUCUACGGGAUUUUGAUAUUGUGACAAUUCUAAAGAAAUAUGAUAUAAGAACAGAGUGUGAGUACGACAAUGAUAAGCAAACUGAACUGUACAGUGGUGAACGAGCUGAGGUGGAAAACGAACGCGACCGUGAUGUUUGUCCGAGCGCCAGCCGGAUGAACGUGACGUGUGGGUCAGACACUGCCUACCUGAACGUAGAGCCGUCCGAAAACGCCGGAUAUAUCCUUCUCCGAAAAUGUCAGCGGUUCUCAGCUUCUCAGGUCUCUUUACAACAGCGCUACGUGUCUAGUUCUGCAGCCAUGAAAGCGAGGUUCGAAUACUGGAAUGAUGCAAAAAUGUUUAUCAAGCAAAAAUACACAGGAACGCCUUUCACACAACAAACAUCCUUUCCCGAAUCUGGGUACGGUCCUGUCCUUUCGUUUGUAAAUACACAAGGUCCGGCAGUGAAUGCUUUUCUAACGAGCAGAGGAUUUCCCAUGACUUCCACCCUUAACACAGAUAUCGUGAUCGCGUUGCCGUAUCCAGGAUGGCCCUCGCAGGCACGUGAAUGGAUAUCACGUGAUAUCAAGUACGGGUGGCCGAGUGAGGACUUAAAGCGUGAGAUACACAACAGAAUCGGGUGUAUGAUAGUGCCAGUAGGACAUUUCGGAAGUAAUAUGGAGGACUUCCAAUGGCGGAUAUCUUUUUCACGUGCAGAAAUGUUAUUAUCACGUUCGUUUACGCGUGUUCAGCGUGAGCUUGUUCAUUUAAUGAAAGCCUUUGACAUAGGUGGUUCAUAUCACUUUCUCAACUUGAUGUAUCGACUUAGCGAGAACUCCCCUGCAGAUCGCUGGAGAAGCAGAAAUAUGGGGUCACUCAUGUUUACAAUUGUAGACCAAUAUAUAUCAUGUAUCCGCUCGCGUAGACUGUCACAUUACUUCAUACCGGGUAUGAAUCUCCUUGCGAAAUACGAAAAAGAUUUCAUCGAAGUAGGCGGUCGCACGAGAUCAAUGGAUGAACACUUAGAGGCGGUUCUGCUGCCUCUGUAUGAACUCAGGAUCAAUCCUCUCGACAUGAUACUAAGACAGGACAAACACUUGGCAUUACCCCAUGGUAUCCGGCGACGUGUGUUUGCUCCCCUCGUGGACGAGAUGAAGCCGACUGGAUCUCACAGCAAGCUGGUCUAUAUAGAUACUCUCGUCUCCCUGGCUAAAGCUCACCUGUACAAGGGAAACCUACACUCGGCAUAUGGGUACGCUCAGGACGCAAUCAAAUUUGACCAGAGGUUAAAUCUGGACACGACUAUAGAGAGGAAGGCGGACCUACACCUGACUGCUGCCGUGUGUAGUUAUGUGUCGGGGGAUACAGCCUCGGCUCUCUAUAGCCUGCGAAUACUCCAACCUUUUCUGAAUACAGAUGAAGAGGAUAUACGAUGUGUUUCGGAUGUUCGUCGAUCUUAUUUUCUGAUGUUGUACGGGCGAGUAUUAUCCAUAAGGUCAACACUUCCUCUCUCUGAAAAGUCUGCUUCUUUAGCCACAGCGAGAAAGAUGUACCGAGAUGCCAUGGAAACACUUGUACCAGACACCACUGUUUACCUAGACAGCAUCAAUUUCUUUAUCCGUCUCGGAGAAACGGAUGAGGUCGAUAAUCUCAUUACAUUUCUCUCUGCGUAUCUUUUCCCUGAUGACAGAUGUGACGUCACCCGGUCGUCUUCAGAAGACACACACAGAGAAGUGGGAUCUGUCGAGGACGGAGGCGGACGACCGAUCCGAGACAAAAAUAACGAGGAUAUCAUGAUUGAAAGGAGUGCACAUAAUCCAAAAAAUGUCCAUAUCGACGUGUCCCACUCGUCUGUGACAGAGCCUAGUAAAGACAUGUCAUCACUUGAUGGUCCAGUAGGCGAGUCGUCUGGGGAAAGCCGAAUGGGAACAGCAACAGACUCCACAGAGCCUGUUAAACACAUGUCUUCACUUGAUGGCCCGGUUGGCGAGUCGUCUGGGGAAAGCCGAGUAGAACAAGCGACAGACUAUGGGGCUGAUGAUGUCAGUGACUCUCAAAUUGAGAUAGUGUACGAUCGUGUUCGUCACGUGGCGGAGGAAACGUCGUCGUCGUGGACACCAAUAGAUGACGGAUCAUCCCAGUUCACAACGAUUGCGGAAGAUAAGGAUUACGAUGAAGAACCAGACACCUUCACGACGUUUCCGGAAGAAACUAAUAACUUAGACUCCUAUUAUAUUCGGAGAACUCUUUUAGCCAAACGAUACGAACAGAUUGGUAUGCAUGAGCAAUCAAAUGGAAUAUUAGCAAAGCUAAAAGAUAAAUUGGAACUAGAACAUGGAAACGCAGAGCGAAUUUUCCCCUUAAUUGUUGAUGCUAGUAAAACGUUCGAGAAACUCUCAACGUACCAUGACUCGACCCCCGGAGACUGGGACGACGUGUUUAAUGACAACGCAAACUACUUGGUAUACUGUGAUACAGACUUGCCUGUGGUUGACGACAUAAUAGCGACGAUCAUACGACGGAAGGAUCGGAGGGUCAAGGUCACACACAAGGAAGCAUUGCUACACUUCAAAAUACAACAUUAUAAAAUGUUACACGACUUCACCCGCGCCGAGAGUUUUGUCUCCACUCUGGAGUGUGUCUGUGGAGAUAGUGCUAGGGAUGAGAGUCGGUGGUUGCUUCAACUUCACAAGGCUUAUUUUGGUCGUAGAACCAGUGGCGAGUACGACACAUAUACGAAACCCAAACGUAGCAUUGGAGUGGCUGAAGAGGUGGUAGCUAGAAUAGACCAACUGAUGGACGUGAUCAAAGCUCACGAGAUAAGAAACUCAGCCAUGGACGACAUAUUUAACUUCUCGGACUACUGACAGUAGCAAUAUCAACAGACUAUUGACAGUAGCUAUAUCAACAAAAUAUUGACAGUAGCUAUAUCAACAGACUAUUAACAGUAGCUUUAUCAACAGACUAUUAACAGUAGCUAUAUCAACAGACUACUGACAGUAGCUUUAUCAACAGACUAUUGACAGUAGCAAUAUCAACAGACUAUUAACAGUAGCUUUAUCAACAGACUAUUGACAGUAGCUAUAUCAGCAGACUAUUGACAGUAGCUAUAUCAACAGACUAUUGAUAGUAGCUAUAUCAACAGACUUUUGACAGUAGCUAUAUCAACAGACUUUUGACAGUAGCUAUAUCAACAAAAUAUUGACAGUAGCUAUAUCAACAGACUAUUAACAGUAGCUUUAUCAACAGACUAUUGACAGUAGCUAUAUCGACAGACUAUUAACAGUAGCUAUAUCGACAAGAUUAUCUGUCUGGAUCUGCGUGGAUCGUCUGAGUCUGUCUGGAUCUGCGUUGAUCUUCUGGGUCUGUCUGAAUCUGUAUAGAUCGUCUGGGUCUGUCUGGAUCUGCGUGGAUCGUCUGAGACUGUCUGGAUCUGCGUGGAUAUCCUGGGUCUGUCUGGAUCUGCGUGGAUCUUCUGGGUCUGUCUUGAUCUGCAUGGAUUUUCUGAUAAAAAGACCUGAUUGUAGAAUACAAUUGUUUUUUGGUUUUCGUUAACCUACUCUUGUGAUUUAUAUUAUUAUAAUCUUGGAUAUAGCUGGCCAAUUCUUGAUCUCAGUUGUCCAAUUUAUUGAAAUGCUUAUUUUAAAGAAGAGAUAAUAUGAAGUUAUCAUCAAAACCAACGAUAAAUAUGAGUAACGAAUUACAUUUGGUUGUAGACAAAUUAAUAUGCAGAAUGCGCAUCAUUCGAUCUUCCUGCAGUCCUAUUUUGAAUUAUAGUACUAUGACUUAACAGAUUAUUAAACUUAAAUAUGCAAAGAAUAUUAAAAUAUGCACACAUGCACAUUGCUGAUGAGGAAAUGAAGCCGAAAAUAUCCUGUCUACAAAUGAAAUCACAAUCACAAAUCUAUCAGGUUUGCUUGACACCUAACUGCUACGAAAUCUUCCUUAUGACGUAUUUGAUUUGUUACAAGUCCAACAACGUUGUGCGCAUGUCUAAUCAACUAUAAGAAGUCUCUAAUUUAGAAUGCAAUAAAAUGUGUGAUAUGAAAUUGAUAGGAAUGCUUGCAAUAAAACACAAG